CGGAGUAUUAGUGAAAUAGAGAUACAGAGAGAAAGCGUGCAGGUCAUAGGUCGGACACUUUACAACUCCACCCAAGCGACAAAGGAAUCGACGUCAUCACCGUCGGCGACGGCGCCGCCAUGACUCCAGUCUCCAGGCUUUAGUCCCCUGCCUCCACGCUCGCAGCUCGUUGCCCUCCAACCUCCAGCACAUGGCCCGCAUAUUCUCGGGACCAGCCCUCCGACGACAGAUCAUCACACCCCCGGAAAUCAACCGCGACAUAUUCCUAAGGUUGCCGCCCAAGUCUCUACUCCGAUCCCAGUUUGUCUGUGAAGAGUGGCGCUCCCAGCGCACCCACGUCCGCAAACUCCGCCUCCUCGUCGUCCAAGUCCACCACCUCAUCAUCUCCUGGAGGCGCGAGAAAGGAACCAGCUUAACGGUGAGGUCAAUAAACCAUGAUCUGGUUCCUUUCUCGCGCCUUCAACCGACAUCCUCGCUCGGGGAGCCCUUACUCUUUCCCAAAGGAAAAUACUUGAAUUACGAAGAAUCUUGGCCAUCCCCUUUGUGCUCUUGCAACGGGCUUCUGCUUCUCAGGGCUGGAACAAAUUUUCUGUUGUGGAACCCACUUUCUGGGUGGGGGCGGGGUCGGCAUGUGCUUCAUCAUAGUGAUCUCGACAGAGACUACUCAGUUCUCGCGGGGAUGAGUUACGAUGCCUCCACCGAUGACUACAAGGUUGUCCUUUUACUUCGCCAUUCUAGCGCGGAUUACGGGUAUGGCGGCAGGUUUGUUGAAUUUGCCAGCGUGAGAACCAAAAUGUGGAGACCCGUGACGUUCCCAUAUAACUUACGAACAGCCGAGGACGGUGUUAGCUUCCGCAAUAGACUCCAUUGGUUGGUAAGUGACGUCAAGCGUCUCCGAGACUUCGAACAUGAUGAUGGCCAUGAGGAUUUUGCUAAUCAUUGUCCUUUUGAGGGUUGGGUUUGGGAAGACUUUUCCGAGUGCAAUAAGAUUGCUUAUUUCGAUCCCGUGGACGAUGAGUUCAAAACAUUGCCCUGUCCUUCCCCGUGCAACCCCGAAGAAGAAGACUCGAUAGUCGGGUUGGGAAUUAUAAAUGAUUGUUUAUGUAUGGCUCGAAGGGAUAACAAGAAUCAAACCAUUGAAGUGUUGAUUAUGAGAGAAUACGGGAAAGGAGAAUCAUGGUUUAGACUAUUUCACAUCUAUAGGUCCAUAUUUGAGGGAGGUGAUCAUUUUUAUGGCCUCACAUUCUUCUCUCCAGAAGAAAGUGCGAAAGUAUUGUUCAUUGUGCGUGGUUAUCAUAACGAAACAGCAUAUGUUUAUGAUCCGGUGGCGGGAGAAGACAAACAAGUUAUGAAGGAGGAUCUUGCACCGAAUAGUUCUGGAGACGACACACUAGCUUGGUACAUGUUUCUUUGUUGAAAGCUUUGCAUCACGACCACAACAUAUGUUUCUUAUUUUGUGUCGUGUGGCACAUAUGAUCUAUUAUCCGAACCUCACAUAGAUGAAGUGCAGAAUAUUGAUUUUUUUUUUACCCCGGAAGGCAAACCACCAAAAUCAGUGAGGCAAAUGUCGGGAGACGCUUGCCAGAGUGUUAUUAGAUAAAAUAGAAGGUACAAAGGAGAGGGGGGCCAAAUCAAAACCUCUCAGUACAAAUAAACGAUUCGAAAAAUUGAAGAGAAAUAAAUCAGUAGCAAAAAAGAAACAACAAGAUUUAUAAACGCAAGACAGGGAAACCAAAGAGAUCAACAUAAUAACUUUUCUUAACGUCGUCGGGUAAUUGAGCCACCUGGUUAAAAACCAUAGCUUGGGCCAGAUCCAAACGAACAGAUGCAAGCAAAUGGGCCGGCCCAUUCCCUUCCCGAAAAAUAUGUCCGAAACAUAGUCCCUGCUGCGUUGCUUUUUCCCUGAACGUAGCAAACUUUCCUGAUUCACCCAGUACAAUAGCAAUAGCCCGAGAGGGUAGGCAUCACAUUCAACUUCAACAUCCGAGUAGCCCUCCUCCAUCGCCAACUCAGAAGUGAGGAUCAGGGAUUGGAGCUCAGCCUCUUCACUGGACUCCGCGUUAAUAACGAAGCUCGCCGCCCAAGUCAUUCUACCAGAACGAUCUCGCAGAAUAUUGAUAUUUUUUGUUUAAGU